ACUUAAUCGGGUGUGCCCGUACUUUCUGCAGUGAUGGCACAGAGUUUGACGGACUGCGAUGGUGUCGACGCGGGUCCUCUCGGUGCUGGCCUUGGCGGCGAUGGCGAUGGCGGCGCAGGACGCGUGCGUUAGCGCUGUGAGUGGUGCGCUGCUGCCGCUGGCGCCCGAGCUCAUGAACGACGACUUUUGCGACUGCGCGGACGGCCGCGACGAGCCGCACACGGCCGCGUGCUCGCAUGUGCUCUCGGCCGCGCACGAAUGCCGCAACCGCGGCCUGCUUCCGAUGCGCAUCCACACAAGCCAGGUCGGCGACGGUGUGUGCGACUGCUGCGACGGCUCGGACGAGGCUGCCGGCGUCUGUGUCGACGCGUGCGACGCUGAGAUUGACGCCAAGCGGGCAGCGGUGCAAGCGCGCCGUGACGUGGUCCUCCGCGGCUUUGCCGAGCGUAAAGCGCGCCUCGACGUACUAGCGCAAGCGGCCAUUGCAAAGGAGCACGAGAUCGUCGCCAAGAAGGCGCUCAAGGAGGAGCUCCGACAGCUCCGCCUCAAGGUCACCGUCUUCAAGGACCGCGAAGAGCGCACCGAGUACGCGAUGCGCAUCGAGUCGGCCAAGCAAAAGGCCGGUCAGUGCGCUGUCGAUAGCACUGCGAUCAGCGGCGACGACGACGACGACGGCACCAUCGAGGACGAGGCGCCGGUCGCCGACAGCGCGGCCGAAGCCGCCGACACGACCGUCGAGCUCAAGCACGCAAAUGCCAAGUCCAAGCUCUCGCUCCUCGUCCAGCGGCUCGACGGGCGGCAGAUGACGCUCUCCGCCUACAUGCACGACGUCCUCGACCAAGCCAAGCGGAUUCCCAUGCGCUCGGUGCACCAGCGUCAGAGAGAAGACUUUCUUGGGCCGCUCUUCAACGGCAACGCUGAUGACCGCGCGCGCUUCGUCACGUACGGCCUCCAGGGCAUCGGGUUGCUGCUGUCGCCGGUGCGUGGCGUCUACGAAGUGCUGGCGCUGGCGACGUCGACGUGGUUCCGCCUUGUGAACGUCGUGACGCCCCACAUUCUCCUCGACCCGUGGCAUGGCUUUGUUCAUUUACUGGAUCUGGACUGGCGCUACCACAAGUCGCUGUUUCUGCGCCGACUCUCGCAAGGACGGCUCUUUUGGUGGCGCUACUAUACGUCGUAUGUACUGAGCACAAUCUGGAACGCCCCCGUCGAUGUGGUUUGGGAAACCUUCGUUCCGACCCUGGACCGCAGUGUGGUGCUCCCAGAAGCCGAGAGCUUGCGCUCGAUCCUGACCGAUCUCGAGAGCGACAUGCGAGCGAUUGACCAAGAAAUCGACCGACUGGAACGGGUCUUUACCGACGAGUCGGGGCCAGAUGCGGGCUACCAGAUUCUCAAGGGCGUGUGUGCUGUGGCCCAAUUCGAGAAAUACAACUACAAAAUCUGUCCAUUUGAUGAAGCCACUCAAGACAGCGUGCGUCUCGGGAGAUGGAAGCGAUGGAGCUCGAUGGCGCCACCCAUCAUGUCGUUUGAGGACGGUGACAAGUGCUGGAACGGUCCCCAUCGUUCGGUGCAACUCGUGCUCGAAUGUGGCUCCAAGGACCAGAUUUUGUCGGUGGACGAACUCUCGACGUGCGUGUACACGAUCGCGUUUGCGACGCCCGCGGCAUGCACACCCGACCUCGUCGCCCAAGUCAACAACGACGCGGCCACGUGGCUGUAAAAAGUGCUGAGUUGUUGAUACACUGAUACUUUUCCUUGUCUCCCUCAACGCAGAGAUGCCAGUGGCUCAGUGCAC